AUGAGACGAAGUAUUUGUUUAUCUAGUGCAUCACGUCCUCCUAGCACGUUUCAGCCGAAAAGGCUGUAUUCGCUUGCAUCCGAGUCAUUAAAUAAGAACCCGGAAAAGCCUAAAGAAGGACGUUUGGCUCGUGUCUUUAAAGAUCCUGCUGGGAAGUCAUGGAAGGAUCUCAGUACUCCGCAGAAAGCCUACCGUACUUCUGCAAACUUUGGAAACUUGUCAAUUGUCGUAUUCGGAGGAGGCGUGUUUGGCUUAAUCGUUUAUGCUUUGGUUACCAGUUUAUGGUCAGGUGAAGCCCAUUACGGUGAUGAGGCAUUCGAUUUGUUGAAAAACAAUCCAGAAUGUCAAUACGUUUUUGGUGAGGAAAUGAAAGCUAUAGGUGAAGCUAGCCAUCCUUUAAGACGGACUCAUGGUAUUUUGACAAGCCGAGUUUGGGAUCAUAAGGGUAUUGAACACUUGGUCUUGCAAUUCCAUUUGAUCGGUAACGGGCAUAAGGGCCAUGUGUUUGGAAGACUCGCGAAUAACGGAAAGAAUUAUGUCUGGGAAUACCUAUAUGUUGACGUUGCUAAUUAUGGAAAUAUUAUUCUAUUUGACAAAACAAAAUCUAUAAGACACCAAAACAAGAAUUUGGGUCUUUGGGGAACUUUGAAAAACAUCAGCUGGGGAAAGUGA